AUGGAGCAACAAAUACCCCUGAGCCAUGAGGCGUCGGCCGGCAACACCAACAUGCGCGUAACCACCACGCUCCCGCCCGAAGUCGUCCAGUGCCUUGAGAACGCCCGCUUCCUUCAUCUGGCCACCUGCUCUGACAACGUACCCCACGUCUCGCUGAUGAACUACACCUACCUCCCAUCUUCACCGCACUCCCGCUUGCCCGUCAUCGUCAUGACCACCAACCCGGCCAGCAAGAAAAUGAACAACCUCGCCGCUAAUCCCAGUGUCUCCCUACUCGUCCACGACUGGGUCUCCCACCGCCCAACACCCACCUCCCAAGCCCGCCGUCUCUCCUCCGACGGCAACGGUGGCGGCAACCGCACAUCCGCCUCCCGCUCCCCACACCGCGAACCGACCUCCUCCCUCGCAGCCCUCCUCUUCAACCUGAACACCUCCGCCGUCUCCUCCAUCAGCGCCACCAUCAACGGCAGUGCUCGCCUCGUCCCCCGCGGCUCUGAUGAAGAGAAAUACUAUCGCGAGGUGCACCUGGAGAAUAACACGUUUUCGGACGCGGCUGGGCCCGGGGCGGCUGCGGCGGCGGAUAUUUUGUUUGGGACGACGGGAUCUGGAGAAGGUACUGGCGGUGGUGGUGGUGGUGGGGCGGAGAGGUUUGCGGCGGGUGAUGAUGCGAGGGUGAUUGUGGUGGGGAUACAGGAUGUGAGGAUUGCGGAUUGGAAGGGGGCUAUUACGGAUUGGGUGAUUGCGGAUUCUGGGGAGGCAGAGGGGGGUAUUAAUGGGGUGCGGUGA